CACAUGCACAUGUAUUCUUUCUCUCCAACGCACACAUUUUGUGCAAGCUUCAAAAGGAGCUGACCUUACAACAAAGCUGCACACUGCACAGAGGAGAGUGCAUGUGGGGUGAGCAGAGGUGACAGCUCUUAGUCAGUUUGCAAUGUGUGACUAACUCUCCUGGAAAAAGUCAGCAUGACAGGAGCAGUGGGAGGGACGAUGGGGACAAGACAACUAUAACACAAGAGGGUAAAACAAUUCCAACAGCCAGACAUUGGGGGAUUGCUGCCGGUACACCAGUGCUUCUUCAAUGGCAUCCGACUCCAAGGGAGGUAAUUGUAAUCAAGUGAAGUUAUGAAAUUCACAUGGACUGACCCAAGAGAAAAGAAGCUGAAGGCUCGCUCGUCUUUGCCCAAAAUCUUCCAGGCAUCAGCAGUGCAGUUUUUUUUUUCAGUGCUGUCUGCAAAGGACUGCCAUGCCCCUUUUCAGCUGGAUGAAAUGGUCCCAUGAAAUAAAAGUGCAGGCUCCAGAAGAAGUGGAUCUUUCAAAGACCUCAAGGGUCAUUCCCAGUGGCAUGUUGAUCAGAGAGCUCCUGUGGCACGUGGAGGAGCGUGAGCGCUUGGUGAGGGAACUGGAUCGAGAGCAUAGGCUGGCCCACGGCGCGCUGGGUCUCCAUUGGUUUCAAAAUUACCCCAGGCUGCGGACCCUCAUCCCCGCUUCAGAGCUACACCAGCUGGAGUUCCUGUGUGCCCAGAUUCCACCCAUCCACGCAGCCACUGUGCUCUCAAGGUUUCGUGAGCUCCUUGCCACCAACAACAUAAGGCCCUGGGAGCUGUCUUCCGUCUUCAAGCAGUUGCUGGGGGACUGCCUCAGCAAAAAGGAGCACGAAGAGGAGAACUGCUCAGUGCAGGCAGCAGAGCUCCGUCCAAUGGACACAUGGACCAGUUGCUACUCACUGAAGCAGGGCUUCGUCACACCCACCGUCCCCAACUGUAGGGACAACUCAAGGGAGGAGAUCCCAACGAUCUCUGGAUAUGUAGAUCGGGCCACAAGGCUCUCCAAUUUGUUUACAGGGUCCAAUCGAGACUGGGACCUUCCGUAUUACUCUCCAGUUCCUCUAAGGCCCUCAGGGACCUACAGCACUAAACCGUGAGAGGAAGCACUGCUGCGGUUCGUUGAGAGUUCUAAUACAAGGAAAAUCAGUUAUGGCAUUCAAAUCAUCCAGUCAAAAGGCAAUAACCUUAACAUGCAAAUUGAAGAAAUUAUAAUUUGUGAACCGAUUUUAAAGCCCUAAAGAGGGAACAGAGCUAAAAAAUAAAAAUAAGUUAUGGAAAACUGCGGUCUGCAAAAUUGUUCACAAUACUGUACUCUUUACCGACAAAAAAUUAAAAUAAAUGGGGCAUGGAGGCCAGAAUCAAUUCACUUGAGUAACAAGCACCAAUAUCAAAAACGUUGGCAUUUGACCGUGAGGUAACGUUAUGAUAUACGAACCCGUUCUUUUACUGUGUUUACAGGUCAAACUUACAGUAACAUCAACCAAGUUUAACAUUUCAUCAGCCAUUAAAAAGCUAUUGCCAUGUAUGUAGAAUGUUGGGAGGCAUUUAAGUGAAGAACCGGCAGUUAACGUUAGUGAUUCAUUACGAAUGUCAGCUCAAACGAGGACAAACUCAAACUUUGAUCAGAGCAUUUUGAACAGUAAAUACUUUUCAACACGUGACUAGGGCUCCGAUAGAGGAAGGGAUAACUGAUAAUAAUAAUAAUAAUGAUGAGGGUGCAAAAGCACAAGAGAGACCAAAGGAUGCUAGCUAGCUAACACGCGGUCAGCCACCUUUAAGCUAGCGUCAGUCGGCCCCGCGUCUCACCUGCUUU